AGUAAACAGUUCUAAAUCGUCUCUCGGCGUCGAUCUAUCGUACAUAUACAGAAGAGGCUAACUUCGUCUGGUCGUACGCAUUCAGCCGUUUACUGUGUCAUCACUCGCACGGAUUCACCCAGCCAAGAUUUGUACACUGAACUGGAUCAGUUAUAAUCGUGACUUCAGUAAUGUCUACGUCUAUUAAUGAGAGUCACUCUACCAGCCCAGCAGUCUUUUCGGUGGAAUGGCCGCUGACGCGUGAAAAUGCAGUCAACAGAAGGCAGACAAUAGCAAUCAGAGCAACGGGCCCUCAAAUUAAACAUAAAAAAACUGGAUAUCGAAAUAAUGUGGAACAAAAUCAAACUCCAUCUUUUGCUGAAACCAACACGCAACUUUAUCACCACAAUUCGUGUUCAUCGGUUACAGCGGGAAACGAUGAAAUUGUCCAGCACGCGUCAAAACGCACUGUACCAAAUAUCUUUACCUAUUUGGAUCACGAGGAGGCAAUCUGGCUUGCUAAGGAAGUAAAUGAAGCGAACAAAAGUAUUUUUGUUGAAGUAGCUGCUAAAAGAUUUAAACGAGAUGAUGAAAUUUUAGAUCAAACGAAGUCUUCGCUGAGUACUUCAAUAAGUCUUCUUGGGGACUUGCGAAGCAGUAUAAGAUACCCGGACGAAGAGCUAGCGAAAGACCUAGACAUGUGGGAUGAGGUUUCAGCUAAUUUUGGUGUACGAAACAUGGUCAACUGUCUUGGGCUGCUUAGUAAUUUCUUUUCCCAGUUGCAGAAGGAAAUGAAGAAAUAGAGAAAAGAAAAAUCAAUGUUUGAUGGAUUCGCGCGCAGAAAGAUGACACCGAAUUCAUGCCAAUGUUCACUUUACUUGGUUAAUACAGACAGGCCAGCAGUCUAAGGCCUCUGGGUAAUGAAUCUGAAUCAGUGGCGUAGCCAGCCUGACGAUUUUGUCCCGCUAUGUAAAUUUCGAGU